AUGAUGCUUGCAAAGGAACAAUCCAAUGUUUUGGACCAUGUGGCUGAGAAUGAAGCAUGGGUAUAUACAAAGGACAAGUGCAAAGGACAAGUCAUAGUUGUUGAACCAGUACAAGUGGGAGUAGUGACGCUUCCUCUGUUUGACCGGGAUGUUAGAAGUAUUCUAAACAUUUCUGCAUCAGAUUUGAUAGAAAAGUAUGAAAAGGACAUUGGAACUGAGUCUGUUAAUGUCGUGGUCUCAGAUUUCAACUCUCAUGAUACAAUUGGUUUUAAGGAUUUUGCUUCCUUCGUUGCUGAUUAUACUCCUAUCUUUACUUUUCCGAAGAGCGUUUCAAUGAGUCCAUCAACCAACCAUGACACCACUGGCCUCCUUUCACCACCUAGCAAUGAAAAAUGUAAACUUGUAGAUGUUUACAAUCUUGAUGAUACUGAUUGUGAGUCAUCAACAAAACCUUCAACAAAAUCCAUUGGAGUCAAGGAAAGUGUUUUGUCCACACAACUAUUGAUUCCUAAAGUCGAGAAGUGA